AAUUAAGUAGUCUCUUACCGCAUUCUUAGCGCUAAGCAUGGCGCUGAAUAGUUUUCUCGCAGCUCUGACUGUAGUUGCCUUGGCUCAAGGAGCCAGUUUGGGCCAGGACGAAAGGCUGCGCUACGACAACUACUCGGUGUAUAAGGUCCAGUUUGAAACUCAGGAACAGAGAAGUCUCCUGGGAAAAUUUGUAGAGGAUCGGGAUAAUUUCCGAAUUUGGCAUGAAGCCAAUGAUGAGUUGCACUUGAUGAUAAGCCCAGGAGCUUUAAGCGAAUUUAACUCUGAGAUCCAGAUGACCAACGUCAGUGCCAAGCUGUUCAUAAGUAACGUACAGGAGCUUAUUGAUUCGGAAGAAGAUGCCAAUCUUAGAGCUAGCAGAGAUGGAUCCUUUGGAUGGAAGAAAUACAAUAUGCUGGCGGAAAUUUAUGCAUGGCUAGAUGAAAUACUAGCCAAUUAUCCUGCGGUUACAGAGAGUUUUGUCUUGGGUCAAUCGUACGAGGGACGCACUAUUCGAGGCAUCAAGAUCUCCUACAAAUCGAAUAACCCUGGAGUAUUUAUCGAGUCCAAUAUACAUGCUAGGGAGUGGAUCACUUCCGCCACGGCCACUUGGUUAAUUAAUGAGUUCCUCACCUCCACGGAUGAACUGGUGAGGAACCUCGCCGAAAGUCACGACUGGUAUAUUGUGCCCGUCCUUAAUGUUGAUGGUUUUGUUUAUACUCAUGAGAAGGACCGUAUGUGGCGCAAGACCCGUCAACCAUCCAAUAUUUCCAGUUGCAUUGGCGUAGAUCCCAAUCGCAAUUACGAUUCGCAUUGGAUGGAGAACGAUGGAGCUUCUUCGGAUCCCUGCGCUGAGGAUUACGGUGGACCAAAACCCUUCUCUGAACCGGAAAUUCAGGCUAUGGCUGAUUUUGUGAGCAGCAACAGGGACAAAAUCAAUGUUUUGCUGGCCUUCCACUCGUACAGUCAGCUUCUGCUUUCUCCUUAUGGUCAUACCAACGAAGAGUUUCCACCCAACUACGAUGACUUGAUGGCCGUUGCUAAAGCCUAUAGUGCUGCGGUUGAGAGUCUUCCUUAUGGAACGGUCUACAGAUACGGCACAUCUGCGGAUAUUCUAUAUCCCGCUUCUGGAGCCACCAUUGAAUGGGCGUAUAAUGAACAGGAGGUGGAGAUUACCUAUACCAUUGAGUUUAGGGACACUGGUCGAUAUGGAUUUAUCCUUCCCCCGGUUCACAUUAUUCCGAACGCAGAGGAGGCACUGAUAGGCAUUGUGGCCCUUUUAGAUAAGUGUAAAGAGUUGGGUUAUCUUAAGCUCAAGAGCGCACAGUAAGUGCUGGGAAAUUCAAUUGCAAUAAAAUAAUAAAGAUUAGCUGCAGAUAA